AUGUUAGAAUAGAUUUCAUCUAUAAUAUUUUCUUAAUCAGAAAAUGAAUUAGUGAAUGGAUCUAAUAAAGGAAUUUUAAUUUAUUGGGAUAUAUAACAUAAAAAAGUAUAAAUUGUUAACGAUAUUAGUUUUAUAAAAUGUAAAAGGACAUUUAUCAGGAAUUAGUUAUUUAUGUAUAUCUCCAAAUGAUAAUAAUAUAUUAAGAUCUGGAGGAAUGGAUAGUUAUAUUAAGAUUUUGGAUACACGAUAAUAACAUAGUGGAUUAACAUUACGAUCUCAUAAAUUAUCAAUUAAUAGUAUGAUAGUAUCUAAAUUUUAAAAUUGUUAGCUUCAGGUUCAAAUGAUGGAAGUGUAAAGAUUUGGGAAAUAACUACCUCAAAAUAAUUGGCAUCAUUUAAUGAAUCAGAUUGGCCUAUAAGUCGUGUUUAAUUUAACCCUGUUGAUAAAGCUAUUGCAGCAUGUUCAGAUGACGUUUGUUAAGAUAUUAGUCCAAAUAAAUAAUGUAUAUAUACAUAAAGUUUAGUGAAAAUGGUCAAUAAUUAUUUUCCUCUUAAAACUUCUCUUUAAAAGUAUGGGAUAUGGAAAGAGAUGUUUUAUUAUUAGAUUAUAUCGAUAGUUAAUGGAAAUGUAUUUAAGAUUUAUAUGUUUUUGAUAAUAAAGAUAUAAUUGGAUUAAUAACAUAAAAUUAAAUAAGUUUAAAUAUAUUUGGAACGAAGAUGA